UGAUGUGAAACCUCUCAGUCAGACCUCAUAUCUGAUCACCAUGGCACUCAGCAAAGUUUCAGAAUGUGACAUGCAGCAGGAGACCAAUGAGACUGUGAAAUGUUUUAGAGGUCUUUGGCCAAAAGCUCAGAAGAUCGCGCUGCUCUUCCACCUUUCUUACCUCCGGCUUGGGAAAUUUCCACAGUUUGAGAGUCUCAUUCGCACCUCGGCUGUCAAGAGUCUGGAAGUGUUUUCUGAAUCAUCUGUACUAUUGGGGAAGUGUGCAGUUACUGGACAGAAUAUCACAACCUCCCUGUUCCCUGUACUGAGACAAGCAGCUGAAAUUAGUGAUCGGCAGAUGAUUGAAACAGUUUUACAGAAAAUUGAAACAUGGAUAGUGAAUUUAUUGGCAGAGGUGGAUGUUGUCAUAAACAGAAUUGAGGAAUUAAAAAAGAAUGUUGAAUGUGACUCUAAUGAAGUCGAAAAAGAAAAAGAUGAGAGACACAAAAACCAAAAGGAAUCUGAGACCAAGACGGAAGAGAUAGCACAACAUGAAGAAGGUGCUAAAAAAACAAUGCAGGAUAUUGAAAAUCUGGAGAAAAAACUUGCAGAUGUGAACCAUCAAAAACAAAAGCUAAUUCAAAAAAUUGAAGACAGAGAUAACCUGCUUUCAACUUGCCUAGCACCCAUUCCCUGGUGGUUAAGGUGGCUGUAUUUUGCAGGCUAUUGUAACAACUCUAUAAAAGCUCAUCAGAAGGAAAUUGAAAAUCUUAAUGAACAGUACAAUAAAUUUAAAAAAGAAUUAGAGGGAUUGCAAAACGAACUGGCUUCUAAACAAGAUACAAUUUUUCAACUGCAACUCGAUCUGAUCAGUUUAAAUCAGAAAGCAGGAACAGCUGCAGAAAGCGCUUGCCUACAGAACGUAGCGAGGCAUUUGUCUGCCAUACAAAGGGAUCUGGGACAAGUGAAGCGGUUUUGGCAGGACGCACACACUAUCAUUAAAGGACUCGGGUCAAAGCUGGAGGCGCAGAAGUUAACAGCUGCGGAAUUUCAGAAUUAUAAGGACAUAUUUCUGGAAAGUGUGGAAUCAUCGGAAAAUUGCUGGAGGAUUUUUGCUUCUGCUUGCUUGAAUGUGAAGCACCACUUUUCUGUGGACUUGGAACAGCUUUAUCGAUUCAUUGAAUAUGAUGUGGACAUGCUUUCUGAAGUAGAGAUGCAAGAAAACAUACAAGAAGUGCAAAACCAGAUUAGUCAGCUCUCGUGCAGACCAAUUACUUCAAAAGGAACUGAUUUCUGUAUCCCAUAAUAUAUCACACAAUGGCACACUGUAUUGGCUUUUCAUCUGUGUAUAUGGUGGGAAUUUCCAACCAAGAAAAAAAAAUAAGCGAGUGAAACACAAUAUAAUAAAA